CUAAACUGCAACAGUGUAUUGACAGUGAUGUUUUGUUGACAUCUGCCAAACGAAAUUUGAAAUUUUGUAACGAACAUUUCUUGUGUUCCUAUGUGUACAAGCAAAAUUUCCUAAUUUAUUUCCAUUAAAAUCAUGUUCUCUGGACAAAACGUAACGGAUUACGUGAGUACGUAUACCCAAGAAAACCAAAGCAGCUUAAAAUACAGUUCCGCUUUGGUAGAAAACGUUGAAAACCACUAUAAAAAUGAAAUUCUGGAAUCCCAACCCUACGAAAGCCAAUACUUCCAUUUUCUAGAAGAAAUUGAAAAAUCAAGAAUUUUACAGCAACAAUUACUGGAACGAAUUGUCCAAGAAAACCAAAAGCACGAACAGUUUGAAAAAGACACGACUGAAUCUACUAUGCACACUGAGAACCUAAAAACUUCUAUAGAGAAGUUGGAAAGGUUGGAAGUUAAAAAGGAAGCUGAAGCCAAAGAGCUGGAACAAUCUGUAGCCAGUUUUAAGGGAAAACUACAAUCUGUGGUCAAGGAGAAAGAAAAGUUAAUCAAACUAAGGCAAGAGAUUUUGACCUACAAGGUUCUAACAAAAGUCGAUUUAGUUUUUUCUUCAAAAAAGGUCACUGGAUUAAUUUUAAGAGAUGUUCCAAAGCCUAUAAGAUACGACCCAGAAAAGUUGUCCAUGGAAGAAAUCACCAAGCAAAUUUGGGAGUUGAUUUUAGACAAAUGAAAAAUUUUAUUAUUUUUCUAUAAAUACAUUAUUCUGAUACAUAUAAUCCAAAUUACAACUUAUUGUUUCUUUAUUUGUAGUUUUAAAGAAAUUGUAAUGCAUUAUAUUUCCAGCUGCGCCCAAUGCAAAGGUAACAAUAAGUAGUAGGUACCAGUAAAACUGCUAUUAAAAAAGUAAUUUGGAACAAUGUUGUAUAAAUAAUUGAUAAAAUUCCUGCAACAAAACAAAAAGCUUAGUUAAUAUUUUAACAAUAAUAUAUAGUACCUUUUGCUCCUAAAUAUUCUCCUAAACGAAAUAGAGUUACCACAGGCAUUAGUACUGCCACAGUAAUUAGAGGCAAGACAAGGGUACUAAUUACAAUGACCACUGCUAGGGCUGAUAAUGGAGAUUUUGCUGCAAUGUGCAAAAUAUUGGAUUUUAUUGUCUUUAUACAAGACAAUAUAGGACCUAGAAUUUAUAUUUUAAAUUAUUUUUAUGAAAAAAUGCUAAUACAUACCUAAUGCAGCUUCCAUAUUAUUAUAUAUAUGAUUUGUUUAAAAAUAAUUCUUAUCUAAUGGCAAUUAUUUUUAUAAGUGGAUUUUAUUUAAAAACAAAUAUUCAGCUACUGAUUAAGUAAUGCAUUUUGUUGUUAUAUUGUGGGAUAAAUUAGGAACCGGCACAACUGAUAAGAAAUUUGAAUGAAUACUUUACGCACAAUAUAGGUAGUAGGAUUUUUUAAAAAUAAAACCGAAAUUCAAAAACUUGAAAUGGUAGAAAAAUUAACACUAAAGAAAUGAGAAGUAGAGAGAAAUCAAGGAAAAAUGAGAAAGAAUUGAAAAUCAAGAGCCUGGAAUAGGAUAAAUUAUGAAAAUUCAAGAAUUUGAAUUGAAAGAGAAAUAUUUACUUGCUAAUAUUUCCUUAUAAUUACAUAUUGGGUACUCAUAUUGUAAUUUUCAAUCUUUGAAAAGUUCUGGAGCAUUCUAGAAUUUAAAUAAACCUGAUGAGAUCACACCAGUUUUGCUCAAGAACUGUGUACAGGUGCUGAAAGAGCCUUUGUCUCACUUGCUUAACACCGUAAUGAGCACAGGAGAUUUCCCUUUAGCCUGGAAGAGGGCUGUGGUAACACCAAUAUACAAGAAAGGAAACAAACAGCAUGCAGAAAAUUAUAGACAGUCUAACAAGUGCACUAGGAAAAAAUAGUAGCCAAAGAACUUACUGAUUUUCUACUUGAAAAUGUUUUACCUGCUGAACAACAUGGCUUUCUCCCAGGAAAAUCAACAUUAACAAACCUGCUAACCAGACUAAAUGAGUGGACCCUGGCUGAUGACAACCGUGAACCAAUUGAUGUCAUUUACUUUGAUUUUGAAAAAGCAUUCGACAAGGUGCCAACAGAAUUUUUGCUUUAUAAAUUGGAACAUUUUGGAGUUAGAGGUAAACUUCUGAGGUUGUUGGAAGGCUUUCUCACUGUACGUACCUUCCAAGUACGUGUGUGGAUUCCUCAUUUACAAAGUACACAGCGGUGUUCCUCAGGGGUCAGUCCUUGGCCCGCUGCUGUUUAUAACUUAGAUAAGUGAUCUCUAUCAAGGGCUUCACACGAAUAAUGCAACAUUUGCUGAUGAUGGAAACCUAUAGGUACACAAAUCCGCUUCUACAUCAGGUUGAAUUACAAAUGGACCUUAACAAUAUUAAAGCUUGGACACAUAAGUGGGGGAUGCCUCUGAAUGAUUACAAAUGCACUGUCCUUCAUAUUGGUCAAAACAAUCGCAAUUUCAGCUAUUUUUUUAAACAAACGGAAAUAACACCAGUAACAAAACAACGAGACUUAGGAGUCACUUUAACAUAUGACCUGAAAUGGGAUACACAUAUCACACAAAUGUCCAAAAAGGCUAUUUCAAUGAUCUACCUUAUUCAGACAGCCUUUAAAGACUUAUCAAAGGAAAUGAUCUUGAAACUUUACAAGUCGUAUGUAAGACCAAAAACUUGAAUAUGCCCAAACGAUCUGGAAUCCAUACUACAUUAAAGACAUAGAACAGAUAGAGAGAGUUCAAUAAAGGAGAAUAACCAGAUUACCGCAUAAACUUAAAAAUCUGUCCUAUGAGGAACGGCUCCUGAGAUUCAACUUCACAACUUUUACUAUGAGAGCCCGUGACACAAAAGCCUCAGUCAUCUGUUAGAAGGCCGUUUUUUUGUGCGAAUAAAUAAUAUGGACCUACUGAGGCCUGAACAGGAGCGGUUGGCGGGCCUUUCCCCUCCCUUCACCAUGUCUGCCACGUUUUAAGUGAGGUUCGCAAGG